AAAUGAACCACACACUGAGUUUAGAAAGAUUAAGAUAGAGAAACACUCCCCAAUUAGCUCCAAACACUAAAGUGAGGGUGCAAAAGUAGAAGGAAUAAAAGCAAAGAAGAAAAACAAAGUUCUAAGCCAAAAGCUCCCUUUCCCAUAACAAGCAACCACAUGGAAUUUAAGUCUUAGCUCAAAUAUCAUUCUCAAAGCUACCUUUUUUUUUUUUUCUUCUUGGCCCUUCAUCCUCCUCCAACCUUCUUCUUCUCCAUUUCUUCUCUCAUCCAUGGCGAAUGAGAAGGAUCGUUUUUAUGACCCUUUUCAUUACAACCACCACGAACACCAACUCAACCACUCUUCAAACUUUCCAUUCUUUAGGGACAACAACUCUGCACCAAUUGCCUCACAAAACUUUCAAGGGUUUCCUUCUCAUCAACGCACCACUUUCACUGACUGCUUACAUGGUUCCAUGGAUUACAACACCCUCUCCAGAGCCUUUGACAUGUCUUGCUCAUCAUCUGAAGUGCUCUCUUCCAUUGAUGAAAACCCCAAGAAGCCUAGUGCAGGAGACUCCGCAGGGAUCAGUGGAAACCAGUCAACACCCAAUUCAUCGGUUUCCUCCUCAUCCAAUGAAGCUGAAGCACUCCUAGAAGAAGACUCCACCAAAACCCAGAAGAAAGAUAAACAGCCAAAAGGGUGCGAAGAUGAAGAAGAAAAGCCUAAGAAAGAGAACAAGCCUAAAAAGAAAGAGAAAAAGCCAAGAGAGCCUCGUUUUGCCUUCUUGACUAAAAGUGAGAUAGACAACCUUGAAGAUGGAUACAGAUGGAGAAAAUAUGGACAGAAAGCAGUCAAGAACAGUCCCUACCCAAGGAGCUACUAUAGGUGCACCAGUCAGAAGUGCAGCGUCAAAAAAAGGGUGGAAAGAUCAUUCCAAGAUCCAUCAAUUGUGAUCACAACAUAUGAAGGGCAACACAACCAUCACUGUCCAGCAACGCUAAGGGGCAGCGCCGCCACCAUGUUGUCAGCACCUCCUUUUUUUGGUUCCUCUUACAUGGGCUCAAGCUUACCUCAAGAUUUUCUUGCUCAGUUUCUUCCAAGUUAUACCCAAAAUGAUCACCAAAAUCCAAUGUUCAACCAAAACCUUUCCAACAAUCUCCAUCUCCAGCCGCAACAACAUCAGCAGCACCAGUUCCAACUCCCUCGUGACUAUGGUUUGCUGCAAGACCUGCUGCCAUCAUCAUUCCCAGGCAAACAAGAGCCAUGAACUUACAAAAAACUUGGUGCAUGUUUUGAUUUAUUUAUUUCAGAAAAAAUACUAGUUUUAUAUUUCACUAUUAUAAAAAUUUAAGUUACAGUAACGGAAUGACCUUUUGUACGUUUCAAACACUAUCCGUUAGUAAAAGAAAAGCAGUAUUCAGUGA